ACCUGAUGUAGGGGGGAGGGAUGUUAAGGCCACGAUAACAGAGUGGGAAGGGCUUUCCUUGAUAUAAAUGAACUUUUGAGUGAGGCAUUUUUUAAGUUUUUGACCCCAUUCUCAGUUGAGCCUGUUACGUGACAGAGCGAAACACCAAUCCGCCAUGUAAAGCCUGGAAUUGCAGUAUUUUGGGCGAUUGGAAGAGAUUUUUUACUUUUUUUUCUUGCGAGAUUUGUGGAUUAGCCAAGUGUGGAACCAUGGAGUUGUGCGCGGGUCGGUGUUUGAGAGGAAUUUGGCUUCUGCUACAACUGACAGCAUGCACGGCAGGUAUGACGGGGAGAUGCAGCCUCUUCGGACGACACCACGUUCACACCUUUGAUGGGGUUUUGUACGACUUUCCCGGCGAUUGCAGCUACCUGCUGGCUGGGGACUGCAGACGUCGCUCCUUCACGCUGUUGGGUGAUUUUGUUGGGGGCAAAAGAACUGGAGUCACGCUAUUUCUUGGGGACGUCUUUGAGCUGCAUCUGUCUGUUGAUGGAAGAUUAUCACAGGGAGAAACCAGACUUUCACUGCCGUACGCAUCACACGCUGUGUUUGCCGGCCAGGAGCUGGGCUUCUACAAGCUAUGGAGCGAGGAGUUUGGUUUCACGGUGACCAUCGACAACGCAGCCAACAUCGCCCUGACACUCACCAAACACCACACCAACCACACCUGUGGCCUCUGUGGUAACUUCAAUGCAGCAGUGGCCGAUGAGUACACCGCUCAAGAAGGAUUCCUCACAGAGGACAGCUAUGACUUUGCAAAUUCAUGGGCGGUGAAAGGGGCAGGUCAAGCCUGCAGACGCGUCUCUCUUCCCAGUCUGUCUUGCAACAGCUCCAAAGACACUUCAGAGAUUCUGUCUAGCUGCAGCGUGCUGCAAACAUCUGCCGUGUUCCUGCACUGCGCCCACUUGGUACCAGCCGAGGCCUUCCUGUCCCUGUGCCAGGAGGAGGCGUGCCACUGCGGCCAGGGCGACAGCGAAGACUGUUACUGUCCAGUCCUUCUGGAGUACGCCCGCACGUGUCAUGCCCACGGGAUGCUUUUACGCGGGUGGCAGCAGGAGAGUGAAUGCUUCCCCAAAUGUCCCAUUGGAAUGCACUACAGCGAAUGCACCAAGUCCUGCUCCACAACCUGCCAUAGUCUCAACAUUCAGGAAGUCUGCAAAGAAGACUGCGUGGAUGGUUGCACAUGCCCUGUGGGUAAAGUGCUGGAUGGAAACCGUUGCGUGGAGGUGUCUCAGUGUUCCUGUGUACACAUGGGACGACACUUCCCGCCGGGUUCGACAAUCUCUCAGGACUGCAACACCUGUGUGUGUCGACACGGGUCAUGGGAAUGCACCAAUGAAGGUUGCCCCGGUGAAUGCCUGGUGGUGGGUCAGUCCCACUUCAAGACCUUUGACAACAAAUUCUUCACCUUCAGCGGCCCGUGUCAGUACCUGCUGGCCACAGACUGUGACGAGCAGGACUUCUCUGUCAUUAUUGAAAAUGUGCAGUGCGCAGAUGAUCAAGAGGCUGUGUGUACACGUUCUGUGACCCUCAGUCUGCCUUCUCUGGAAGACAUGACAGUGAAGCUGAAGCACGGAGGAAUGGUUUCUGUCAACGGCAUGGACAUCCAGACCCCAAUGCACCAUGGUCGCUUGCAUAUCCAGAGAUCUGUGCAAUCAUCUGUGCUCCUGAAGUAUGGCGAUAACCUGCGUCUUGACUGGGAUGGGAGGGGCCGGGUGCUAUUAAAGCUUGGCCCACGCUGGGCAGGGCGGACUUGCGGCCUGUGUGGCAACUACAACGGGAACCAAGGCGAUGACUUCUUGUCCGCAUCUGGGCUGGUUGAGGCGGGCCCGCUGGCAUUUGGUCAAUCCUGGAGAAUCAACGAUGACUGCAAGUCCGCCCACACAGUUACGACAGAUCCCUGUGCCAUCAACCCCAAAAGAGUUCGUUUUGCAGAAGAAGGCUGCUCAAUGAUGACGUCAGACGUGUUCGGCCCGUGCCACUUCCUGGUCAAUCCGGCUCCUUUCCAGCAGUUUUGUCGUUAUGACGUUUGUUCGUGUGUGGACGGCGAGAAGUGCCUCUGCUCUGCUCUGGCCGCUUACGCAGCCGCCUGCGCCGCCAAAGGGGUGCUCCUCCGCUGGCGUUCUCCCUCGCUCUGCCAGAUGGAGUGCACCAGAGGCCAAGUGUACGAGGCCUGCGGGAGCUUGUGCGACCGCACCUGCAUUUCCCUGUCCGGAGCGGAGAGUGGAUGCGGAGGGGAGAGAGUGUGCGAGGAAGGUUGUUUUUGCCCCACUGGAAAGUACCUGAGCGACUCUGGAGAGUGUGUGACGGCAGACCAGUGCACGUGCCUGCAUGAUGGACAGCUGUACCAGCCUAAUGACGUCUACGCCGAUCACAGCAGCAUCUGUUACUGUGAGAAUGGAUCCAUGCGCUGCAGUUCUACAGAAACGAGCACUUUGCUGUCCGAUCUCUUCUACGACGACGACCUGGCACCCUCCAGAGAGAAGCGCUCUGCAAGAUGUCCCCCUCAACUGAUCCGAGCAAGGUGUAGGCCCGGGGAAAAAGGCCUGGAAUGUGCCAGAAACUGCCAGAAUGCAGACCACCCCUGUGUCUCACUUGCCUGCAUCCCCGGCUGCCUCUGCCCACUCGGCACAGUACGCCAUCAUGGAGACUGCAUUGUGCCGGAGCAGUGCCCGUGUUACCAUAACAACAAGCCCUAUGCUUCAGGACAAAGCAUACCGGUGGAUUGCAACACCUGCACGUGCAAGAACAGGAAGUGGCACUGCACUGACAAGUUUUGUGACGGCGUGUGCCGCACCGUGGGGGAGGCCCACUACAUCACCUUUGAUGGCCUAAAGUACACCUUUCCUGGUCUCUGUCAGUAUGUCCUAGUCCAGGACAUGUGUAAUGGAGAAGAAGGGACAUUUAGAGUGCUGGUGGAGAAUGAAGCCUGUGGCCUUGUGGGACAUCGCUGUGCCAAGUCGGUGUCAGUCUACUACCAAGGAGGAUUGAUUCUGAUGCAAAAAGGCGAGGUGAAAAUGAAGGUGCCAGUACCACAGAGCUCGCAGGUGGAGAUCAUCCGAUCAGGUCAAUUCUACACCCUACUGCUAGGGAAACACAUUUCCCUAAGUUGGGACAAGGGAACGCACCUCCUGGUCCACAUAUCGGCUGAAUACAGGAGUCGGGUGUGUGGUCUGUGCGGUAACUUUGACGGGAAUGUGAAUAACGACUUAGUCAGCAGUAACAAUCAGCUGGAGGUGGACUCUUUGCACUUUGGGAACUCCUGGAAGGUUGCUCCAAGCUGUGCCGAUGUCACGCAGGUACCCGCUCCAUGCGCUGACGACAUCGUCAGACUGGUAAAAGUUGAGCAGUCGUGCCGUGUGCUCACUGGUCCCCUCUUUAAAGAGUGUAAUACUCAGGUGAACGCGGAGCCAUACGUAGAGAUGUGCGUGGGGGCGGCGUGCACUUGUCCGUCCGUGGGCGACUGUGCUUGCUUUUGUGAUGUCAUCGCAGCUUACGCUCAAGCUUGUUCGCAGAACGGUGUAUCCGUCAACUGGAGAUCCAACGAGCUUUGCCCGAUGAGCUGUGAGGAGUUGAACCCGAAGAUUCCGGCUACCGGAGAGGAGUUAUGCCAGUGGAGGUACAACACUUGCGGCCCUGCCUGUCCCGUCACCUGCCAGCACCCCGAUCCCCUCCAGUGCUCCCUCACAUGUGUGGAAGGAUGUCAUGCUUACUGCCCCCCAGGCCAGCUGCUGGAUGAGGUGGCCAUGCGGUGUGUUGAGCCCACUCAGUGUCAGGUAUGCAUCCAUGAGGGUCAAAGGAUCUCCCACGGCAACAAAGUCAUCAUCAGCCGCCAUGACCCCGCCCACUGCAAAAUAUGUCACUGUGAAAACAACACUCUAACCUGCGAGGUUUGCACCACUUUGAUCACCGCCGCACCAACCCUCGCCUCCGCCACCUUUACAACCAUCCCCAUGACCACCAUGAUGCCGGAGGGGACGUGCGAUCGUGCCAUGGAUCUGGUUUUCCUGCUGGACGGCUCCACCGCAUUGAGCGAAACCGAGUUUCAGACCACCAAGGAGUUUAUACUGGGAGUGGUGGAGCGCUUCCGCUUGGGCUCCGCUCACACUCGAGCCGCAGUGUUGCUUUACUACUCUGGGGUCAAAACGUAUGAUUUACAGGUUCAGAAGUGGCUGUUUAAGAAGACGGUGCACGAGCUGCACUACGCCGGAGGUGAAGCCGCCUUCUUGGACGAGGCCAUUAAAUAUCUCUGUUACAACAUCUAUGACAAGAACAAACGAGAACACGCCGGCCGCGUCGCCGUCAUCUUGACGGCCAGCACCAACCCUCGGCGAAUGCAGCCAUUCAUCAGCAUGCUCCGCAGGAAAAAAAUCACCACGUUGACCGUAGCCCUCGGUCCCGGGGUGAGCAUGGCGCAGAUUAAUGAUAUCACAAAGGCCAACCCCGAGAACAGGGCCUACGUGCUGAGUAGCACAGCCGAGCUGCCCGAUCGCCUUUUAGAAUUGACCGACUACCUUUGCACUUUGGGGCUUGAGCCAAAAUCCAGUACGACCACCACGACUCGCUCUCCUCGACCGCCAAUCGCCCCGACCAAACACCUCACCACCACUUCUACCGUGCCUUCCGUACUGUCUCCAACCACCACCACAACACCCUCGUCCGUACCGCCAACCAAGGAAGUGACUUUCAUCAUUGAAGGCUCCGAUUCAGUCGGGGAGGCCAACUUCAACAAAUCCCUCCUCUUCCUGGAGGAAGUUGUGACGCAGAUGUCUGAGAAGAAUGAGUUCAUCCGCAUCACGGUGAUCCAGUACUCGGUCACGGUGACCGUGGAGAUCCGGCGCUGGGAUCUGAGAUACCAAAGGAUGUUGCUGCUACAACGUCUCAGGGAGAUUCGUUGGCAGGGCGGAAGCAAGACGAACACCGGCGCCGCCGUGGCAACUGUAUUUCAGAACACCGUCACCGUCCCGCCUUCACGUGGAUCCGUCCCACCGCAGCUGGUCUUCCUAGUGACGGAGAACCCGCCCACGGACACGGUGACGCGCCCGCCGUCCACGAGCACCCAUACACACGUGUAUCCCAUCGGAGUCGGCUCCAAAGUGCGGGAGGUGGAUUUGUUCGCCUUCAGCUCGCCGCAACGUCCGAUGAUGGUGGAGGACUACACGUAUCUCAAUAAACUGGUCCACCGCGUUGUCAACAUCACGCGCACCACGGUCACGCCGCGCUUCCCCACCUUGGUGCCCCUGGUCCGUCCAACGCUUGCCAGCCUCCCACCCACAGUGCCUUGUAAAACACCCGUGGACAUCCUCUUCCUGCUCAAGUCCGGAGAGCAGUUGGACGACAUGAAGACUUUUGUAAAAGCCUUCAUCAACACAGCGGAUGUAGGUCCGGACGGCACUCACGUGAGCGUGAUUCAGUACGGCGACACCAUCAACUUGGAGUUCAGCUGGAGAGAGCAACAGAUCAAGUUGCGCCUCCUCGGCCUGGUGGACAACAUUCCCAGAAGGAGAACUGCGGCACCUGCACUCGGCUCGGCACUGCGAUAUGCCAUCCAAGAGGCCAUUAAAGGAGGGAGAGUAGGCGUGCCCAAGGUAGUGGUGAUGAUCGUGACCGAUAAGUCAACUGAUCUGGUCCAAGAAGCAGCGAACGAAGCAGUGGCGGCAGGUGUUUCGGUAUUCCCCAUCAGCGUGGGCCCAGGCUCCGACCAGAAGGAGCUGGCGACUCUCAGCCAGAACGUGUUGCACUUAAAGAGUAUGGAUCAGUUACGGAUGCUGCUGACUUUGGACCGCGAUUACGCAGAAAGAAUCUGCAAAGUUGGUCCGCCAAGAGUGUGCGUUGACGACAAUGGCAAAGAGAGAAAACCUGGAGAGUCAUGGCUACUGGAGGACGGCUGCCAUUCAGUGCUGUGCCAUCCCAAUGGGGACGUAACCGUGCAGAACCACAAAGUCAGCUGCGAUAGACUGGAGCCGCCGGCGUGCAGAAACAACAUGCUGCCCGUAAAAGUCCAAGAGGCCUGCAGCUGCCGUUGGGAAUGCCCGUGCAUUUGCAUGGGCAGCUCCACCAAUCACGUCGUGCGAUUUGACAGCUUGCCGCUCAGGCUGGAUGCAGAGGGCCUGUGCUCCUACACCCUCCUCACUGUCAGCGAUGGUUCGGAGGUCACGCUCCACAACGGCCCUUGUCAGGACGCGGCAAAAUACAGCCACGUCUGCAUGAAAGCCAUCGAAGUGACGCACGGGCCGCGUAAAAUCCUACUGAAGGAUGAUAUGACGGCGUUCAUUGGGCGAGAGGAGGUUUUGCUACCAUGGAGGCAAGCGGGUCUGGAGCUGGUGCGAUUCGGCGGAGUGAUGCUGCAGCUGAAAACUGACCAGGGCUACCUUUUGACGUUCACACCACAGAGGAACGAGUUCACCAUCACGCUGCUCAAUCCCAGCGUUAGCGGCAACACUGCUGGACUCUGUGGCGCCUGCGGGGAGCAAUCCGUCAACGUUCUUUCCUUACGUGAUGGCAGUCCCACUUCCGACCAGAUGACCUUCAUCUCCGACUGGACCACGACUGGCGACGGGGGCGUGUGCGUGCCCAAGCGGAAGGUGGGCGUGUGCUCCUCCGGGGCGGCCAUGGGAUGCCAGGCACUGCGCUCACAGGUGUUUGAGGCCUGUCACGCGCACAUUCCUGUCCUGAUGUUCCUCACCAAAUGCGAGGAGCAGGCGUGCGAAGAGUCGGACGUGUGCGAGCUCAUUUCCACAUACGCACGCCUGUGUAGACAGAGGGGUGUGUGUGUCGACUGGAGAAGCCCCCAUAUUUGCCCUUGGCAGUGCCCUGCCACCAUGGAGUACAGUGCGUGCCGCACGGGCUGCGUGGAGGAUUGUGACAGUGCGCAGCCGUUGCGGGGUGACUGGUCGGUUGCCACGGGUAACGGGUCGUCAUGUACAGACACACCCAUGGAGGGCUGUUUUUGUCCGGAGGGGACAGUUCCGCAUCAGGGAGUGUGUGUUUCACCGGAGAAGUGCAAGCAGUGUGUGGACCGUCGUGGACGUGCAUACGAGUAUCUGCAGACUUGGGUACCGGAUGACAAUCCUUGUUUGAUUUGCUUGUGUUUGGCCCGACAACAAAUCAACUGCACCGCCCGUCCGUGCAACGACGUGAAAGCCCCGGCGUGCGGAGCCUGUGAAGUGCUGAAGGAGAAGAGAGGAUCCAAAUGCUGCCCAGAGUAUGAAUGUGUGUGUGAUCUGUCGAGCUGUGAUGUUCCCGAGACGCCCCGCUGUGAGGAUGGCGAGAUACUGCUUCUGAAAAACCCAGGAGAAUGUCAAGCCAUCCACGAGUGCGUUUGCAAGAAGGAGAACUGCGCCCUCAGCCCGACCCCAGUGUGCGGCGCAAAUCGCCACCUGACAGUCAAAAAGACAAAGUGUUGCGACGUGUUUGAGUGCUCGUGUAGCUGCCAGAACGUCACCCGCACUUGCCCGGCCGGCUUCAUCACGGUCUCCAAGACGGACGACUGCGGCUGCACUGAGAUAAGCUGCCUGCCGGACAAAGUGUGUGUUGUGGGCGACGUGGUCCAUGCGGUGGGCAGCAAGUGGGUUGACGGAUGCGAGAAGUGCAUCUGUAGCACACUACAGGACAAGGACACGUCACUGCACAUUGCUCAGUGCUCUACGCCAGUGUGCCAACGGAACUGCCCGCUGGGUUCAACAUACACACUGUCCAGUGGAGAAUGCUGCGGGAAAUGCAGAGCAACUAGUUGCGUGGAAUCGGAUGGAGAAAUGCGAGGGGACGCAGUGAUCGGAGGAACGCUUAGACAGGUUGGGGAGCAAUGGCAGUCUUCUCUUGACAAAUGUGUGGUGAACCAGUGCGUGAGGGUGAAGGACGAGGUGUUCAUCUCUUCCACCAACAUCAGCUGCUCUGCGAUGGAAACGCCGUCCUGCCCACUGGGCUCCGAGCUACGCUGCGAUGCGCGGGACUGCUGCCCACGCUGCCAGUGUGCUCCUUUAGAUGUCUGCGUCCUGAACCACACACUGAUAGGGGCCGGCGAGAUGUUGAUGGCGGACGUGUGUACACGAUGUGAAUGCGUCGUGGAGGGCGGUCUCAUCAAGAAACAUCGACUCUCCUGCAGGAGGACGACCUGUACCCCGUGUCCCAUUGGAUACACAGAGCAGAAAGUGGAAGGCGCUUGCUGCGGCCGCUGUGUCGCCACUACAUGCUUUUUACAAAUGCCCGAUGGGAAGAAAAUGAGUCUGCAUGUGAACACCACAAAGGAGGACGGCUGCAACCAGUACGCUUGCGGCGUCAACAGCGAAGGAGACCUGGCCCUGCAGAUCCGAACCACCACCUGCCCGCCUUUCAACCGCCAAUCGUGCCUCGCCAACGGGGGAACUGUGAGCCAGAUCGGAACAACCUGCUGUGAGAUGUGUACUGAGUCAGAAUGUCGAAGAACGGCGGGAACGCUGAAUUAUGUCAGAGUGGACGACUGCCAAUCGGAGCAGCAGAUUGAAUUGCACUACUGUGAGGGUAAAUGUCGCAGUAAGUCCAUGUACUCCCUGCAGACGGCCGCGGUGGAGCAGGAGUGUGUGUGUUGCGUUGCCACGGAGACAGAGCCGGUCAGUGUUCCCGUCCUGUGUGCCAAUGGAACCCGCGGCCACCACACUAUCCUGUCUGUCACCGCGUGCAACUGUCAGUCCAAACACUGCACCUAAAAACCACCAGAAGUUAGUUAGCUAUGCUUUUGUUGUAUCCAUGACGAUGUAACCGUAUUAAACCGCACACGAUUUCCAAUAAAACAUCAGUCAAGUGUU